AUGAGUCUUGUUGAUACAGAUAGUCAAGACAUUAUCAGUGAUUGUAAGAAAAUGCUUAGAACAACAAAUACAAGUAUGUAUGUUUACUCUCAUUCAUAUAGAGUAAUGCAACUAUCCCUUGAAAUUUAUGACUUAAUCACACCACUUUGUAAGGUAAAUAAAACCAAUUUAAUCAAGGGAGCUUUACUCCAUGAUAUCACUAAAACACGUUCUUUGAUUACUAAAGAAAAUCAUCCAUUAACGGGUGCUAGUGUUGCAAGACAAUUAGGGUGUAGUGAGUCAAUUUGUCAAAUAAUUGCCCAACACGUCAAUCCAAUAAGAAUUCCAGGGAAAUUAACAGAAAUUGAUAUUGUUUGUUAUGCUGAUAAAAGAGUAAAAUGGGACUAUGUAGUAACAAUGCAAGAACGAAUAGACGAUGUAUGUGCUCGUUAUAACAUAAAACAAGACUCUCAUCUUUGUUCUGUCUGUACUCAAUCAUAUAUACAAAUUGAACAAGAGAUAGGUGAAUAUGCUAAGAAAAAUGGUCAAUGGGAUCAUUUUUUUGAGUUUAUCCAUCACACAGAAGAAGGAAAAGUUACUCCAUUCAUUGGAAUCGAAAAAACAGAUUUAAUUUAA